AUGGACUGGGCAGCCCUGGAGAGGCACCUGGCGGGGCUGCAGUGCCGGGAGCAGGAGAGGAACACCCGCGCCAACCCCGCCUCGGCCCAGAAGAAUGAGCGGGAGUCCAUCAGGCAGAAGUUGGCCCUGGGCAGUUUCUUCGACGAUGGCCCAGGACUCUACACCAGCUGCAGCAAGAGCGGCAAGCCCAGCCUGUCAUCCCGAUUACAAAGUGGGAUGAACCUGCAGAUCUGCUUUGUGAACGACAGUGGCAGCGACAAGGACAGCGAUGCCGACGACAGCAAGACAGAGACCAGCCUGGACACGCCGUUGUCGCCCAUGAGCAAGCAGAGCUCGUCCUACUCCGACAGAGACACGACAGAGGAGGAGUCAGAGUCCCUGGACGACAUGGACUUCCUCACCAGGCAAAAGAAACUCCAAGCUGAAGCCAAGAUGGCCUUGGCUAUGGCCAAGCCCAUGGCCAAAAUGCAGGUGGAGGUGGAAAAGCAGAACAGGAAGAAAUCGCCCGUAGCGGAUCUUCUGCCACAUAUGCCUCAUAUAAGUGAAUGCCUGAUGAAGAGAAGUUUGAAACCCACUGAUCUCAGAGACAUGACUAUCGGGCAGCUACAAGUGAUAGUCAAUGAUCUGCACUCACAGAUAGAAAGCUUGAACGAGGAGCUGGUGCAGCUGCUGCUGAUCCGGGACGAGCUGCACACGGAGCAGGAUGCCAUGCUGGUGGACAUCGAGGAUCUCACCAGGCACGCUGAGAGCCAGCAGAAGCACAUGGCAGAGAAGAUGCCGGCCAAGUGAAGCCGGGAACGCCGGGAGCGGAGCUGGAGGGAGCCCUCAUCCUGCUGCUGUCCGUGUCCCAGGAAUCCAGUGUUAGUCCAUGACCAUGUCUGAAGCUUUAUGUCGGUGAUUGGCCUCUUGCUUCUUAAUUUAUUUUAAUUUUUUUACUCGUGCCACUAAAUAUCAGGCAUUUUAAUAAUAUUAUUACGGAAAAAACUGUACAGUACUUAUAACAUUAUAAAACCAUGGGCGAGAAGAGAAGGGUAGUUUAACUUUAUUUUUGUUUGUUUAGAGACUUUUUUUUUUGGUUGAACGAUAUUUUUUUCCCAUUGACUACUUUUUUAUUCUUCACUGUAGUUUUAAAAUAAAGAAACUGUACUUGACGGUGCUAUACAAGUCAAAAAAAAAAGAAAAAAUACAUGCCUGCCUCGUAGUGAAGUUGUAGCUUUCAGUAAUCUGUAUAUUUUAAUCAGUUCUCAACAUUUUGUGAAUGUUGACUACCUGACAUUCAUUUUUAGAUGUGCUAUUAACACUCGGUCGGGUUCAGAGAGUUGAAAGUUUUAUGUAUAAAGCUGUAAAAUAAAAAGGAAAAAACUUGUUUCAUAUGACA